AUGGAGAAGCAGGUUGUCAGCACUGUUGAAGCUUUUGAGAGGGACCUUGAUGAGGACUCAGAACCGGUUUUAGGGGCUGAUACAGAAUCUGUCAGGGAGUCUGGUCCAUACUGGGAGGUUUCGGCUAGUGAAAUUCAGUGCGUCAGGAAACUCCUGAACGUUGAGCCCCACUGUACGGAUAUCUUCGCCAGAUUCCUGGCCGGGAGUUGCAAGCGGAGUGCUAGCGUGGUUUUGGACACAGUGAAGAGGCUGAAACUGCUGAACUCGCCCCAAGAGCAGAUUAGGAGUGAACUGCAAGCGAUCCGGGAAAAGAGGGGGGAUGAGGUUGGAGCAGCGCUGCGAGUUGCUGGAUUACCCGAGGGAUCUUACUCGAACCCUUGGCCGGAUUAUGAGUCCGUUCGCAAAUACAUCUAUACGUCCGAAGACAUCUCGUUGGAGGAGGUGAUCCGCUGUCAGCAGAAAGCCUUAAAAACGGCGAAGGCAAGGAAGGGCGCAGAAGGUGAGGCAAGACGCGGCGGCGGCGCUGGGAAGAAAACGACCGCGCCAAGUGGAAGGCGUAGCAAGAGGUAAAAAGUAGUAUGGGUCGUUGAUCGACAUAAGAUGAUGCGCACCCUCGAAGUUGGCGGGAAGUGAAAACAGCGCCAUGCGAGAUGCAAAGAGACGGCAGAAAGUGUAGUCAGCCUGUGGGUACUCCGGAUGUGCCUACACAUGUGAGGUUGGUUUGCAAUUUUCAAGCUUAGAGCCCCUUUGUCUCUUCGCUGCUUAGAAGAGUUGACUCGGCUACUGUGCCACGUACUCUGACGCCGUUGCUUUCCGGAACAACGGCUCGAACCCUUUGCUUUGUGAACAUUGAUGCAACAUUCUAUAUAAACGCAAAGCAUAGCAUCCA